GAAAAGUGUCCAUCAAUUCAUGUUCAAUUAAUUAUGCUGCAAAUGGAAAUCUUGGGUUUCUUCUGUGUGUAUCUUGAGUCACAAUCAUUUACUGCACAAAAAGUGGAAUGUACUGUUUCAUCUGAAACGGAAGUCAGUUUCUUUGUUUCCCAUUAAACGCAAAACUAAAUGAAAAGCACAUGACUUUGCUUAAGCCUUUAUGGCUAGAAACUGCAGCUGGUUCACUAUAUUUUUAAAACGAUAAUAGCAACUAGAUGAACAUAUUAAGCUGGAUCUCUUUCAAAUAUAUUCGUUGAUUUAUCAUUUUGGAUUAUUUUUUACACUAAACUGCAGGCUGACAAAGCCUCCUUUACUCCACAGAAAGUGUAUAAAGAUUGAUCAUUUUUGUAGCACUAUCAUUUCAUUCUGUUGAAAAUAUUCCAUCACUUUUUCCUGACCAUUUGGAAUUAAUGCACAGAAAGGAAAACUGAAGACAGCCAAAAAAGAAAGCUCAGUCAGCAAAAAGUCACAAAGAAAUCAUUUUCCUUAGUAUUUUCAGCUCAAUACAUCCCUGAUCUGGUGAAAUGAAGACUUUGCAGAAGUUUUGUCUCCUCUUCUAUUUUUUUAUGCCUUUGGUGAAGCUAGCACCACCACCACCACAACAAAAUAUAGCUCCAUUUUAUGAAGAUACAGUAUUCAAGCAAGGUUAUGAAGACAUAUUAUUUAAGGAAGAUUAUGAAGAAAAGCCACAGGAUGCAGUAAAAUAUAAGGAAAACAAUGAUAUAGUUGUUUUCAAUGAAGAUGUACUACAAAUGCAAGGAGAUGAAGAUGGAACAGGAGAGAGCUCAACAAAUUUUACAGAUUUGGCUACUUGUCUGCUGUGUGUUUGCUUAAGUGGUUCAGUAUACUGUGAAGAAACAGAAACUGAAAACAUCCCAGCUCUACCAAAGGAAACAGGUUACCUUUAUGCACGGUUCAACAAAAUAAAGAAAGUGAAAGUCUCUGACUUUGCUGAUAUUCCCAGCCUGAGAAGAAUUGAUUUGACUGGAAACAGAAUUCAAGAAAUUGAAGAUGGGGCCUUUGCAAAGCUUCUAUUAUUAGAAGAACUUUCACUUGCAGACAAUGCGAUUGUCAAGCUUCCAGUUUUGCCUCCCAAACUAACUUCACUGAAUGCAAACAACAACAAAAUUAAGAGCAGAGGAAUUAAAGCAAAUACCUUCAAGAAGCUGAACAAUCUGUCAUAUCUUUACUUAGCACAUAAUGCUCUGGAGGCUGUUCCUGCUAACUUGCCAGAGAGCCUACGUAUUCUGCAUCUUCAGUACAACAACAUAACUACUAUCACAGCUGAAACCUUCUGCAAAGGGAAUAAUCAAACCCGCUACGUUCGUCAGCGCAUGGAUGAAAUAAGAAUGGAAGGCAACCCAGUCAUCUUGGGAAAGUACCCCGAUGCUUUUAUGUGCUUGAGAAUGUUGCCUAUAGGUACAUACUUUUAAUUGCUAACAAAACAGAAAAAGUGUGAAAGCAAGGAGGUAAAUAUUACCAUUGUAUCACUGUUUAAGUAUGUCUUUCCACGUUAAUAUCUUUCCACAUAUAUACAAAAUUUUAGCAGUUUAAUGUAUUUAGUUACACCUUCACUUGGUGAAAGUGCAUUAAUAAGCCAUUCUGAUUUACUAAGCCUGAGCUUUUUUUUCACUCAAACAUAAAACCAGUAAGGUAUUGUUAUUCAAAAGAAGGCACUCCAUUUUUCAAUGAAUAAAGAUAACUUUUGUCUAUUUCAAGAAUGAAAGGGAAUCAAUGUAAUUUGUCAAGUUGCAGGAAGCAAAUUGCGCACACUAUGGAAGAAAUGGGACAGGAUCUGCAGGAGGAGAAUAAGGCUUUCUAACUAAAGUAAAGUAGCAUUUCACACCGUAAUUCUACAAUGUGACACUUCUGUGAUUGUUGAAAGGAUGGACAAAACUGUGCUCCUAUAGCCCUGGAAGGCACAGUUAUACUAGGCAUGAGAUUAUAUGCUGUGAAAGGGGCUGUGGCAGUGGAGUUGGAAUCAUACACAUAGAAAUACAGUAAAAUAAUACUACAUCAUAUAGGGACCAGGGAGGCCUAUGCAAAUUCUUCUCUUAUGUGAAGAGAGAUUAUCCUCUCAGUUUUAAGGGCUUAAAUGGUUAUCCAUCCUGCUUCAAUUAUCUUGCAAACAAAUAUAAAGCUGGACAGUAUAGGCAACCAAAGUGUAUUGUGUUUAAUUUUGAUUUGGUACUUUACUACUGGUAUAAAGCUACACAAUACAUGCAAAGUAUUAUAUUUCAACCUGAUAUUUUUGAAUACAUUAAAGGGAUAGAAUAAAAGUGAAUUAUAGUGAUUAAAAGAGUUCAGAAAUAAUCAGCUUGUCUUACUGUGAGGAAGUCUUAGCUUAAAUAAUUAAAAACUACAGGAUACUAUAACGAUAUUAAGCAACGUAAGAAAGUCUAGAAUCUUUCUCAGUUUUUCUUAAACAGAUCAGACAUAUUACUCCAUUGGUUCUUUUGCAAACUCUAUAAUGCUAAAAUAAUAGCAAACCACUAGAAACAAAUUUAUAAUUGUAAUUAGGAAUUUUUAUAUACAAAUGCUUAGGAAACUUCUGCAAACUGUUAGAUUUCAAAAUGCAGAAUCAGUAAAUACCAAUAGCCACAUUGUGAAUUUAGAAGAUGACGGGGUUUCAGCUGGAGGCUUCCUCAGAAGAACCUGUAUCAUUAAAUUCUGAUUUGCACUUACUCUUAUUCUUUGAGCAUUUUUGGUUAUGAUAGAUAUAUUAUUUUCUGAUUUCAUUAUCCACUGGCAUUGAGCAAUAUUUUACAGCUAUCAAACUCUGCUGUACCCAUGUUAUUUUAACAAUAUUGUGUAUUAGACCUCAGUUACAUGGUGAAUUUAUAUGAUGUGAAACAUUUAGAGAUUUCUAUUUGAUUUUAGUUUGCACGUGUUUUCUAUGUCUAGAACUCUUAUGUGUUUAAUAAAAAAAAUCACCAUAAAGAAAAA